AUGGCCGAAAAUUUAGACCUAAAUGGACAUCAAAAUAUGAGACUAAUUGCCAUUUUGGCUAUUAUUUUAUCCACAGCUGCCGUAAUUUUAUCAAUUAUUACUCUACCAAUGCUUUAUGGUUUUGUUCAAACUUUUGAAAGUCAUUUAUUGGUUGAAACCGAUUUUUGUAAGUCUCGAUCAAAGGAUAUGUGGUUGGAAUUGAAAGCACUUCAAAUCAGUAAAAAAUUUUACAAUCGAAUUAAAAGAGAAUGGUUAUUUGGUAAAUGGGUUUCUGCUAGUACUUAUGAUAAGGAAAUAGGAAACAGUGAUAACGAUAAUGAUAAUACUAUUCGUAGAAGUAAUAAUAAUGGCUACGAUGCUGUACCAAUUUCAUCUGUUUUAUCAAAUUAUCAAAUGAACCAUGAUAGACAAUGCUGUACAUGUCAUCAAGGUGGUGUUGGAUUACCUGGUUUAGAAGGUAACCCAGGCGCUGAUGGCAAUGAUGGACUGCCUGGAAAAAAUGGCAAAUCUGGAAGAAAUUCUGUAAAACUUCCAGUUUUAUCGAGAGAUAAUGAAGAAGAAUCAGCGAUGUGUAUAAUUUGUCCACCAGGUCCUCCUGGAGUUCCAGGUUUAAUUGGUCCCAAAGGACCACGAGGUCUAAAAGGGUCUCCUGGCAGAAAUGGAAAUGAUGGAGAAAGUGGGGAAGAAGGACUGGCUGGACAAAUAGGACUAAGGGGAAGACCAGGACAGCAAGGAAAGCGUGGUAUCCGUGGCAUACCUGGAAGGUUGUUUUAUAUACCAGGACCUGUUGGUGUAGAUGGACCUAAAGGGACUCUUGGUGAUUUGGGCCUAAAAGGCCUUCCUGGUAUUGAUGGUAUCAAUUAUAUUGGUCCACAUGGAGAACCUGGAGAAGAUGGUCAAAAUGGAUUAGAAGGCAGGCGGGGUCCACGUGGACCUCCUGGACCACAAGGACGAAGAGGGGAAAAUGGAAGUUGCAAUCAUUGUCCAGCUCCGCGAAUACCACCAGGAUAUUAA